AUGAUUUGUACAAAUUAAUGGUUAAUUCUAAUGCUGCAAAAGAGGAUAAUUAUAAAACAAAAUCAUUCUACAUUGAUUCGGCUGAAUUAUCUGAAGGGGUUAAAUAUUUAAUGAAGUUUGCAGAAAGUUUCAAGUGUGAAUCAGUAGUUGAGAUAGGAUUAAUUGGUGGGAAAAUUGAUGAGAUAAGGAGAAAUGAAACAGCAUUUGUCCACAGGGGCUUUAUGUACCUUAUGGCAAUUAGAGCACAAGUACCUUCCGAAAUGUGUUCACAAGAUUUAGAAAAUUUUUCUCGACAUUUUCAACGAAAAUAUUCUAAUUACGAAAGUUAUCAAAAUUUUAUUGAUAGACAGUUGGAUAACUGGCAAU